AUGAAGUCGUUAUUUUUGCGCUUGGCGCUGCUCUGGCAUUUCUUUAAUACGAUCCUUACCAUUCCGUCGCCCGGAAGAAGGACGCCGCCUCCGGAUCUCCUGCCGCCGAUAUUCCGGCGUGCACUUCCGACUGGCACCUGCAACGCCGACACGCCCUGUGAGAACGCCGCAUGCUGCGGUAUCAACGGCCUUUGUGGUUAUUCGCCUACCGAAUGCGGUGCGGCGGCGACUCGAGCAUGCCAACCGGUGGACCCUGAUGAUCUCAACCUGAAUGGCUUCACUCAUAUCAACUUCGCCUUUGCUUUCUUUGAUCCCAAAACAUUCGCAAUCGCGCCAAUGGAUGACACCAGCGGCUUGCUAUAUGAGCGUUUCACCGGCCUCAAAGACAAGCACAACGGCCUCGAGACUUGGAUCUCCGUAGGUGGGUGGUCCUUCACCGAUCCAGGCCCGACUCGAUCGGCAUUCAGCGACAUGAGCAGCAGCGCAGCCAAUAGGAAGAAGUUCAUCAACGAGCUGAUAAAUUUCAUGGAGCAUUAUGGUUUUGACGGCGUAGACCUGGACUGGGAGUACCCGCAGGCUGACGAUCGUGGCGGCGUGACGGCCGACAAGACGAACUAUGUCUCCUUGGUCAAGGAAAUGAGAGCUGCAUUUGGUGAUAAGUACGGUAUCACGUUGACGUUGCCCACGUCAUAUUGGUACCUACAACAUUUUGAUCUCGAAGCCAUCCAGCCAAACAUCAACUGGUUCAACUUCAUGGCGUAUGACUUGCACGGAGUCUGGGACGCCCAGUCCCAAUUCGUCGGGCCUUAUAUCGCACCCCAUACGAACGUCUCCGAAAUUGACCUGGGUAUGGAUCUUCUAUGGCGCGCCGGUGUCAAACCCGAAAACGUGGUCCUAGGUAUGGGAUGGUACGGAAGAAGCUUCACGCUGGCGGACCCAUCCUGCAGCACCCCCAAUGGAGUUUGCAAAUUCACCGGCGGUGCCGAACCUGGCGAAUGUUCUCAGGCCAGCGGCAUCCUCGACCUCCAAGAGAUUAAGGACAUCAUAAAAGACAAGAAUCUGAGUCCCCAAUGGGACAAGACCGCAGCCGUAUGGGCUAUGGAUCAAGUCGAUCAAUCCGCCGACAACGGGUUGGCGCCAGCACCGGGAGUGACCACGCAAGACCAAGAAGACGCCGAAGGAAUGCGUGACGACCUUGUCGCCGGCGUCACCUGCUACUCCACCGAUUGUGGAGCCAAGUGCAAGAAGGGCACUAACGAGGUGACUCAGAUGAACGGCCAACCGGGAAAACUGUCUACAUCCGGCCGCUGUAACAAGGGCGAGUACCGUUCGCUCUGUUGCGACGACGGUACUACGAUGGGUACCUGCAAGUGGCGGGGCUUCCGCGGCAUCGGCCUCUCUUGCAUGGGAGGUUGUGCCGAUGGCGAGACCGAGGUCGUUCAGGACACCAAUAAUCACGGCAAGAGCGGAGACCAGACCUGUACGGGUGGUAUUCAGAGCUACUGCUGCAACGGUUUCAAGCCGGCUCCGUCACCCGAAGAACUAAAGCAGAAGGCCGAGGACGAAGCAAAGGCGGCCGCCGAGGCGGCUGCAGAGCAAGCCGCACUAGACAUCGCCGCGAAGGCGUUCUGCAGACUAGCGGUGCCCGCUCUUCUCGCACCUCUAGAGGCUCUUGAGGCUCUCAUCCCUAUCGUGGGUGAAAUCCUCGACAUAGCCGAGAUUGCUGCAACGCCAGCGUUAAUUAAGCUCUGUACCGAUGGUAUUGAGAAGGAAGGCAAGGCUGUAUUCAAGGUAUUUGGCAAAGAGCACACCAUCGACAAUUUCAGUAAACCUACCGCGAAAAAGACGGAUAGACCGGCCGAGUCCAGCCAUGUAAGUGACCGAUAUCGUAAACGGAGGUGCCCCAGCGGAAACGUAAAGCGUGCAGGCCGUGCGUGCCGUGUUAAAGAAAUGGUGCGCACGACUGCUGUGUCCAACGUCCGUCCUGCCAACAUAGGUUCAAUCGACUGCAACGCCGAAUACACGCAGCCAUGUCUCAACUACCGCUCCAUCACGAGCCGCUACCCGCAGCACGCAACACUGACGUGUCAGUACAAGUUCGUCGACAAUAAGAAGAGGACGGCACCGCGUAACUUCUACAACGAGCGGAACACGGCGGCAUGGAACCAAAAGAUGCGCGCAUUCCCACCAAAAGGAUGUGACUACGACGAGUUUCCCCCAGCCGCCAUGGCUGACCUGAAUGACGGCUAUGACCUCCUAAAGCUAGAAGGCAACCCCUCGAAACCGGUGGCGGACCGGCCGGCCUACGGGCGCUACGUCGACGCGGGCGAAAACCAGAACGCUGGCAAAUUAUUCAAUAAGUGUCUUAAGAACCCGCAGUCGCACACCGAUGACGAGAACGAAGUUUGGGUCAGAGACCGUAGCCCGCAAACCAAGUACAUCGACGUGCGCGCCGUCUUCACGCGGCAGCAAUUUACCAUGGAAUUCCCCGGGCUCGGCAACCCAGAGGAUGACGGGCUAGGGGAGAACGCGUGCCAACCGUACCAAGAAGGGGUCGAUCACCGCGGCUACGCGUUGCAGAAUAACGACGAAUGGUUCGACAGCCACGAAGAUGCAAAAGCGAUGCAGAAACUGUGGGCGUCGACCCCCAACUACAAGCGCGAGUGGAUCGACGCUGUCGGCGUGGUGGUCGUCGGCACCAAUGAUAGCCGCCCAGCCACGCGCGAGGAGACGGCCCACGAGUUCGGCUUUGAUAAGUGCGAGGAUGUUAAAUGCUCGCGGGAGAUCAAGGCGCUGAAGAGGGUGGCCACGUUGGUGAAGGAGGCUGCGCCAACGGUGCCGGAGGUCGCGCUUGUGGAGCCCACGCCGGCCGUCAAUGAACUAGCUGGCGGCGGGGAAGAAGAAACGACGCCGAGCCGGAAUAGGCUAGGGCUAUCUGAAUCGGGUCCUCCCAAGCAAACUAUGGCAGCCGAAGUUGUAUAA